ACCUCUUGCCUCUCUAGGAAGGUGCACGCUCUGUCUUUAACCCUUUGAGCUUCACAGGAGGUAAAAGGCUGCAUGAAAGUCUUGCAGGGAAGGGAUCCACAGGAAGCCCUGGGUGAGCAGGGCCUUCUUCCCGUGCAAAGGGAGGCAGAGGGUUCAAUCUUCUGGGUCCUGGGGGUGGGUGAGCCUGAAUCCCAUGUUCCUCAACAACCCCUUUCGAUGCACAUAACAGGCAGGGGGGAAGCAGAGCUCUACAUCAGCCGUGCUGCCCCCAGGAACAAAUCCAGGAUCCCCAGGAAAGAGGGUGGGAUCUGGAGGAGCCCUUCACGCCCCAUUUCCUGGGAAAAACCUUGGAGAGGGGGAGAGUUUGCAUUGCAAAUCUCCAGCAGGAAAGAAGAAAAGCCUUGCGAGGAAGGAGGUGCCCGAGAUUGUGCCUCCACUCUCACCACGCGCUGAUGAGGCUGAAAUAGUGCUGGAUCCUCUGCAGUUCAACAUGUCUUGGAGAAACCGGAAGCCUUUUGUAGGUCCUCGCAUACAAACAAAAUUCUCUCUUGGGGAAAGAGGGCUGAAUGGCCUGCUGUGGUCAUUCCUUAGCUACAGGAACAGCCCAAUCAAUGAAAAGGCAUUUGGAGAGCCACAAGAUUCCUCGGACCCCUUUGGAGUUGCGUUACAGCACAGAGAAAGAAUGGAGACACAACCCUUAGCAAGUGAGGGAACUGGAGAAGGGCCUUCUGCUGUUCAGCCUGGGAGCUGUGGGGAGAUCUGGGCAAGAACUGGGCCAAAGAUCCUGGAGGAAGAAACCAUCCAUUCAGAAGUUCAGCCCCAGAACUUCAGGAGUGUCCAAUACCAGGAGGCUGAGGGUCCCCGAGAACUUUGCAGGCAUCUCCACUACUUUUGUCAUCAAUGGUUGAGACCAGAAAAGUGCACAAAAGCACAGAUGCUGGACCUGGUUGUUCUGGAGCACCUCCUGGCCCUUCUGCCCUUGCAGAUGCAGAGCUGGGUGCGGGAGUGUGGAGCAGAGACCAGCUCCCAGGCGGUGGCCCUGGCAGAAGGCUUCCUCCUGAGCCAGGCGGAGGAGCAGAAGGAUCAGGUCAAGUUGCAGGUGAUCAUGGCUAUGAGAAUAAAGAUCCCAGUGAAAAAUUCAAAGUGAUCAGGCAUGGAGGCGGGAUGGACAAGGAACUGGAGAUGCAACUAGAAAGUCAUGAGAGAAGCCAGUCAAAGACUUGGAAUCAGGAAAGCUUAUCUUCCAUGGAUGCUGAGAUGCAAGGCUUUCUUGCCCAAGAAGGAAAAAUAAAGGAAAAGUAUAUUGGAAAAAGUGUAAGACUAUUAAAAGACCAAUUAGGUGUAAAUGAACACUCUUCAACCCAAAGCAAACGAGAAGAUUAUAUCUGCAGAGACAAUGUAAAAAAUCACAAUUGGACUUUCACUGUUUCCUGUGAAAAUGGGUCCCUUAUGUCUCAUAAAAGGAUCCACACAGGGGAAAAACCAUAUAAAUGUUUGGAAUCUGGAAAGAUUUUCAGAACAAGUUGUCAAGUUACUUCCCAUGACAGGAUCCACACAGGGGAGAAGCCAUAUAAAUGGGUGGAGUCUAGAAAUGCUUUUAGUGAAAACAGUCAUCUUACUUCCCAUCAUAAAAGGAUCCACACAGGAGAGAAACAAUAUAAAUGCCUGGAGUGUGGAAAGAGCUUCAGAAUGAGGAGUAACCUUAUUGACCAUAAAUGGAUCCACACAGGGGACAAGCCAUAUAAGUGCAUGGAGUGUGGAAAGACCUUUACUCAGAAGGUUCAUCUGAAUUCCCAUAAAAGGAUCCACACAGGAGAGAAACAAUAUAAAUGCCUGGAGUGUGGAAAGAGCUUCAGAAUGAGGAGUAACCUUAUUGCCCAUAAAAGAAUCCACACAGGGGAAAAACCAUAUAAAUGCAUGGAGUGUGGAAAGAGCUUUACUCAGAAGGCUCAUCUGAAUUCCCAUAAUAGGAUCCACACAGGGGACAAGCCAUAUAAGUGCAUGGAGUGUGGAAAGACCUUUACUCAGAAGGUUCAUCUGAAUUCCCAUAAAAGGAUCCACACAGGAGAGAAACCACAUAAGUGCCUGGAGUGUGGAAAGAGCUUUAGAAGAAGCAGUUACCUUAUUGCCCAUAAAUGGAUCCACACAGGGGACAAGCCAUGUUGGUGCCUGGAGUGUGGAAAGAGCUUUCAUAGUAGGAGUGAACUUACUUCCCAUAAAAGGAUCCACACAGGGGAGAAGCCAUAUAAGUGCAUGGAGUGUGGAAAGUCCUUUAUUAGUAGGAUUGAACUUACUUCCCAUAAAAGGAUCCACACAGGGGAGAAGCCAUAUAAGUGCAUGGAGUGUGGAAAGUCCUUUAUUAGUAGGAUUGAACUUACUUCCCAUAAAAGGAUCCACACAGGGGAGAAGCCAUAUAAGUGCAUGGAGUGUGGAAAGUCCUUUAUUAGUAGGAUUGAACUUACUUCCCAUAAAAGGAUCCAUACAGGGGAGAAACCACAUGAAUGCUUGGAGUGUGGAAAGAGCUUUAGAAUAACCAGUAACCUUAUUGCCCAUAAAAGGACCCACACAGGGGAAAAACCAUAUAAAUGCAUGGAGUGUGGAAGGAGCUUUACUCAGAAGGGUAAUCUGAAUUCCCAUAAUAGGAUCCACACAGGGGAGAAACCAUAUAAAUGCAUGGAGUGUGGAAAGAGUUUUCGUCAAAACAGUACUCUUACUUCUCAUCAUAAAAGUAUCCACACAGGUGAGAAGCCAUAUAAGUGCACUGAGUGUGGAAAGAGCUUUAGUACUAGAUGGGGUCUUAAUUCUCAUAACGGGAGCCACACAUGGGAGAAGCCAUGUAAAUGCUUGGAGUGUGGAAAGAGCUUCAGCACAAGCAGUCAACUUAUUGUCCAUAAGAGGACCCACACAGGGGAGAAGCCAUAUAAGUGCCUGGAGUGUGGAAAGAAUUGUCAUACUAGGAGUGAUCUUACUUCCCAUAAAAGGAUCCACACAGGGGAGAAGCCAUAUAAGUGCCUGGAGUGUGGAAAGAGCUUCUGUGAAAAUAGAUACCUUAUGAGACAUAAAAAGAUCCACACAGGGGAGAAGCCAUAUAAGUGCCUGGAGUGUGGAAAGAGCUUCUGUGAAAAUAGAUACCUUAUGAGACAUAAAAAGAUCCACACAGGGGAGAAGCCAUAUAAGUGCCUGGAGUGUGGAAAGAGCUUUACUACUAGGAUUGAACUUACUUCCCAUAAAUGGAUCCACACAGGGGACAAGCCAUGUAAGUGCCUGGAGUGUGGAAAGAGCUUUAUUACUGGAAGUGAACUUACUUCCCAUAAAAGGACCCACACAGGGGUAAAAUCAUAUAAAUGCAUGGAGUGUGGAAAGAGCUUUACUCAGAAGGGGGCUUUACCUGCCCAUCGUAUGAUCCACACAGGGGAGAAACCAUAUAAAUGCAUGGAGUGUGGAAAGAGCUUUACUACUGGCAGUCAUCUUACUUCCCAUAAAAGGAUCCACACAGGGGAGAAACCAUAUAAAUGCAUGGAGUGUGGAAAGAGCUUUACUACUGGCAGUCAUCUUACUUCCCAUAAAAGGAUCCACACAGGGGAGAAACCAUAUAAAUGCAUGGAGUGUGGAAAG